ACCUUGCCUGACUACAGGAGCAAGAAAAAGCAGGAGCUGUCCAGCGCUGAGAAACACGAAAGGUGACCAUGGCUAAGGAGUGGGGCUACGCCAGCCAUAAUGGUCCUGAGCACUGGCAUGAACUUUAUCCAAUUGCCAAAGGGGACAACCAGUCACCCAUUGAACUGCAUACUAAAGACAUCAGGCAUGACCCCUCUCUGCAGCCCUGGUCAGCAUCUUAUGAUCCUGGCUCUGCUAAGACCAUCCUGAACAAUGGGAAGACCUGCAGAGUUGUGUUUGAUGAUACUUACGACAGGUCCAUGCUGAGGGGUGGCCCUCUCUCUGGACCCUACCGACUUCGCCAGUUCCAUCUUCACUGGGGCUCCUCUGAUGAUCAUGGCUCUGAGCACACAGUGGAUGGUGUGAAGUAUGCUGCUGAGCUUCACCUGGUUCACUGGAAUCCAAAGUAUAACACCUUCGGAGAGGCUCUGAAGCAGCCUGAUGGAAUUGCUGUGGUUGGCAUUUUUCUGAAGAUAGGACGGGAGAAAGGCGAGUUCCAGAUUUUCCUUGAUGCCCUGGACAAAAUAAAGACUAAGGGCAAGGAGGCUCCUUUUACACACUUCGACCCAUCGUGCUUGUUCCCUGCUUGCCGGGACUAUUGGACCUACCAUGGCUCCUUCACCACACCGCCCUGCGAGGAGUGCAUUGUGUGGCUGCUGCUGAAGGAGCCCAUGACUGUGAGCUCAGACCAGAUGGCCAAGCUCCGAAGCCUAUUCGCCAGUGCAGAGAAUGAGCCCCCGGUGCCUCUGGUGGGGAAUUGGCGCCCUCCUCAGCCUAUCAAGGGCAGGGUGGUGAAGGCCUCCUUCAAGUAAGGCUCUGGGCUUGCCCUCUUCAGGAAAGGAAUUCUGCCACUGAAGAGCCCGCUUGCCUCCUCCUGGUGCUCCCAGCUCCAAGCUAUCCUACUGUACCUAAAGGAAGAGAAGCAGUCACAUGAAACUGCAAUGACUUUUGACAUGAUCUAACCCAAAAGCAUGAAUUUCACACCUAACCUUUUUAAUAACCACCUUUUCUAAAAAAAACUUAGUAUUUCUAGUAUUAAUUCAGUGAAGAAGAAAUAUAUAAAAUAGUGGCUUAUUGAGAAUACUAAAUUUGUCAGAAUCACGGCACUCAUAUUAUCAGGCUGAGUUAUUGAUACUACAGAAAUGAUGCAUCCAUCAUGAUGUGGGCACGGAGGAGCACACCGAUCUUACCACAUUUAAGUGAAAGCACAAAUUAAGAUCACUGUAGCCUUCAAAAACUGAAUUCAUAAUGUGUUUUAUCUCAAAUAAUACCAGUUAUAUUUCAUCACUUGUUAAAAAUUUUGCCUACUAUCAAGUUUGCCUGGUUUUAAUUACCUAUAAAACACAUCCAUAAGGUCAGGUGUUUUAAAAUGUUUGAUCCAACAUUUAAAUUUCUUCUUCAUAAAGAUGAUUUUCUUUGCCCAAAGUAGGGCCAUUUAUUUUUUAUUUCACAGCUUUAAUCUUUGCAUGCCUAUUAAAAACAAAACAAGACAAAAAACAAACAAACAAAAAAACCCUGUCUUUGGUGUCUUUUGAGUUGGAAGCUGGAAUGACUAUUUUCUGGAACAGGAAGGAGGGAAUGUCAACACUGAAACGGAGAGUUUGUAUUGAUCACAGAAACAAUAAAGACAAGAUGCAUAUGAAAA